AUGAAAUCUAAAUGUAAUCCUCAUCAACAUUCAAGUGCGGGGCAUCAAAGUCUCGAAAGUGAGUAUGAUCUUUGAAAACAACUAUCAUUAUCUACCUCAGCUACCUAUAGCGACAGGCAUUGACCGGUGCAUCGUCUUACUUGACGGCUUAUCAGCCUCCCCUGCUUAUUAUGUACGAACGAGUUGAUUUUCUACGAUGAUAUUACAAUUUUGACCAUGGGGUGGACGUCAAUCUGAAGCGGAAGACAAAUUGUGCCUUUUUUUUAAGCGAAUCGUUUGUAAACUUAGUACCGAUAUCGAGGAGGUACUUAUAUACACCUCUCGGUAAUAUUUUAUCUGAGUCGAGCUCAGCUAUCAGGUGACAAGGCAGCAUUUGUGUGUGGUAAAAUAGUUUAUUAUCUUGCACCGCGCAAUGAUGGAGUUCAGCAGCGAGUAUAGCACGGAGGAGUUGCUAAAAAUUGAGCAGGAAUUUGGCCGCCUGAAAGGAAAAUGUUACCUUGACCAUGCUGGCACGGCGUUAUACGGUGAAUCGCAGCUCCGUGCGGUUCAGGAGCUGCUCGCGAGACACCUGUUCUGCAAUCCACACACCAGCCGAACGAUGGAGGACAUGGUGGACCUGGUACGGUACCGUGUAUUGCGAUGGUUUAACACCCGCGCUUCCGAAUACGAGCUAGUGUUCACAUCCGGCACCACCGGUGCGUUGAAGCUCAUCGGAGAGUCGUUCCAGUUCCGUUCGCCCUCGACCCCGACCGAAACUGCCGAGCCCGGGGCGUUCGUAUUCUUGCGAGAAAGUCAUACGUCUGUGCUGGGCAUGCGCGAGAUCGUACAAACCGAUCGAAUUCACCCGGUGGAACGGACCGACCUGUUGCAGGCACUCCAACGGUCCGGCGAGGGACCUCCGGUUCCGGACUGCCAACGGACGCGCCCCUCGCUGCUUGUCUUCCCCGCCCAAUGCAACUUUAACGGUACCAAGUAUCCACUGGCGUUAUGCGGAACGGUAGAACAGAGUGGAUUGGACGGGUUUGACCGGGACCGGUUUCACGUGUGCCUUGAUGCAGCUAGCUACGUUUCGACCAGCCCGCUGAAUCUUACGCGCUACAAACCAAGCUUUGUAUGUGUAUCGUUCUACAAAAUAUUCGGGUAUCCCACUGGCCUCGGAGCACUUCUGGUUCGCAAGGACGUCGAGCACCUGUUGCUGCCGGGAAAACGCUACUACGGCGGAGGUACGGUGAAAAUCGCAAUAAGCGGUCCGGGCGGGUUCCACGUGAAACGCGAUACGCUGGCGGAGCGCUUUGAGGACGGCACGUUAAACUUUUUGGCCGUUUGUUCGCUGCUUCCCUGCAUGGAUACGCUCGAGCGGCUGAUCGGUCCGUCGCCGAUGGACCGCAUCCAGCGGCACACGUUUGCGCUAGCGCGCUACUGCCACAACCGUCUGCGGCAGCUCGAGCACACCAAUGGCACGCCGGUGGUCGAGCUGUACCACGAUAGCGCGUUUGAGGACGCAGACACGCAGGGUGCGAUUAUAAACUUCAACGUACGGAACGACGAUGGCACCUACGUCGGUUACGCCGAAGUCGCCUGCAUGGCCGCGAACCACAGCAUCUACCUGCGGACGGGGUGCUUCUGCAAUCCGGGUGCGUGCCAGCGCCACUUCGGGCUAACCGACACCGACAUCCUGCGCCAGUACCAAGCGGGACACGUAUGCGGCGACGCAAACGAUCUCGUCGACGGGAAGCCAACCGGGUCGGUUCGCGUCUCGUUCGGUUACUGCACGCGUGCGGCGGACAUCGACCAGCUGGUGGCGAUGCUAGCCGGUUGCUACAUCCGCCGUACCACCAAGGGCCCACUGGUGUCGCGUGCAAACAUCGCUGCGCUGUACAAGAGCUACGACAAGCCCCGGCUGGUGCAGAUUUGCCUUUACCCGCUGAAAUCGUGCGGUGCAUUCCGCGUCGACCGUGGCGGCGACGAUGUUAGCUGGCCGCUUUCGAGCACGGGCCUGCGCUACGACCGUGAGUUCGUGGUCGUUGACGACCACGGCACGGCAAUGACGCAAAAGAAGCUGCCCGGUAUGUGCCGCAUUCGACCGACGAUUGAUCUGCAGCUCUGCCAGCUAACGCUCGAGCAUCCCGACGCUGACGAAAAGAUCGUUAUCGAUUUGCGCUACCCAAACCAGGAACAGGAGCGACACGACGACAUGGCGCACAUUCAGCUAUGCCAGACGAAAGUGUGCACGGAUGCGGUGAGCGGGAUGGACUGCGGUGAUGAGGUCGCCGAAUGGAUUUCCCUUGCGCUCGGCAUUUCCGGCCUACGGUUGCUGCGCCAGUCACCGAACGAGGCCCGCGUCCAACGGCGAACGGCGAAGGAGUUGUCGCUCAACAACCAGGCGCAGCUGCUGCUUGUCAAUCGCGCUUCCGUCCGCUGGCUCAGCGAGAAGGUGGACGAUUGGGGCGGGCACGAGCAAGCCCCACCGCUGGACGCGCUUGUUCAGCGUUUCCGGGGAAAUUUGAUCAUUGAAUCCACCCGCCCGCUGGAAGAGCUGGACUGGCGCCGGCUACUGAUCGGCGACUGCCAAUUUACGGUCGAUGGCCCAUGCACUCGCUGUCAGAUGAUCUGCAUCGAUCAGGAAACCGGCAACCGGACGGCCGAACCGCUGCGCACGAUAAGUCGGGAAUUUGAAGGGAAGCUGCGCUUCGGUAUCUACAUGUCGCAUGCGAAUCUGGAGCCGGGUGCGAUGCUCAGCUGCGGAGACAAGAUAACGGGUUUAAUAGAGUAGCAAAACAUUCCCACUACGUAACUGUUUGAUUUCGGUUUCGGACUACUUUGUUUAUGCCAAAGGACCAUUUCGAGUGGCAAAUUGUUAGGCAUAGGAAAACGGUGCUAGUUUUUAAAACGUUUCCAACGUUGCUUGAGUAACAAGUCCUGCCUUACUAUCGCAUAAGCGCACUCCGGGUGAUUGGUUGCACAAGAAGCGCUGCACGGCGGCCUUCGUUAGCGUUCUGAACGCUUCUCCACAUUCUGCCGAUUGUCUGGGAAAGCGUCAAUAAAUAGAUCCCUUACUAUGAGCAAAACAAAUGUAUGUAAGAAGUUUUGUUUUUACUUUGGACGAGCGACUUAACACAUUUCAUUUAAAUAAUAAAUCGUGGUAUGCGCCAAUUUUGAGACGCGA